AGGACCAAAAAAAGACGUCCAAAAGACGUUGGUGUUGGUCCGUGCUUGGUGGGUGGGUUCAUUGGGCUCAUCAAGCCGCUGCUACCGAAGCAAGAGACCCUGGAUUGGACGAUUUCUCCUUUCAUUUCAGUAGGCUAGCAGCUUUCAUAGCCUCUUAGCAGACGGGGGAGAAGUGUCAGAUGCAGGGAAAGGGGUAGCUAGGUAACCCGGCUUGUCAAGGUUUACGAUGGAAAUGGCACCAAACGUUACGCUUGACCUUUAAUCAGGACACAGAAACUCGAUCUGCUGACGAUUCCUGCCUAGUAUCUGCCAUUUUUACGUCAUUCGAGGCAUUUUUCAAACGUGUUAGGCUACUAUAGCCACAAGCUGGCAGGCUAGCUAGCUAAAUUAAUAUGCUUAACGUUACCUGAAAGAGAGCAUGUUGGCUAUUAAUAGAUAAGCAAAUUUUCGUGUGCUAACUGUGGUGGAAACGAAAUAAUUAUGGCUGAUACAUGUUCAAGAGGGAUGGAAAGAGGCAGAGGAAGGAUUACAUCAGAUUCUAUGACGAGAGGCGCAUAUCCUCAACAGUAUGUUCACCCUGGCACACAGCAGCAGGGCAUAGACAUUCAGGAGCUUGCCUCUAAACGUGUCGAUAUCCAGAAGAAACGGUUUUAUUUGGACGUAAAACAAAGUGCACGGGGCAGAUUCCUAAAAAUUGCAGAGGUUUGGAUUGGAAGAGGCCGCCAUGAUAACAUCAGGAAGAGCAAAUUAACGCUGUCCAUGUCAAUGGCACCCGAUCUACGAUAUUGCCUGGGUGACUUCAUCGAUUAUUACGCUCACAUUGGGUUGCGAGGUGGCCUGGUACCACGGCCAGAAGUGCAGAGCAAUGGCCAGGGCCGCCCCCAAGAUUCCCGCAGAAGACAGCAAGAUCACCACCACGCAGCAUCAGUAUCUCCCACCGGCUCUGCGGUGUCGGAGGAGCAUACUCAUCGCGUCCUGAAGAGUGAAUUCAUUGAGAGAGACAAUAGAAAGUACUAUCUGGAUCUGAAAGAGAACCAGCGAGGCAGGUUCCUCCGCAUCAGACAGACUGUCAGCAGAGGACAUGGCACCAUGGGUUACUACGGCCAGGGCAUCGAGCAGACCAUAGUGUUGCCGGCUCAAGGGCUAAUCGAAUUCAGAGAUGCACUGUCGCAGCUUAUUGAAGACUACGGCGAUGGUGAUGCCACGGAUGAGCGUGGAAGAGGCAAUAGGAACCACGAAGAAUCCCCCGAGCUUCCCGAGGCAGAAUCCUUUCGAGUGGACAAUAAGAGGUUUUAUUUCGACGUUGGUUCCAACCGGUACGGUGUCUUUUUGAAGAUUAGCGAGGUACGACAGCCAUACAGGAACACCAUAACAGUCCCCAUGAAAGCCUGGGCCAGAUUUGGAGAGAAUUUCAUCAGGUAUGAGGGGGAAAUGCGGCGAAUUUUCACCUGUCACGAGAAGAGGACAGAGACUCGCGAGGACGGUGAAGACCAAGAGGAUUGACAAUGGCAUGCUAUGGUUGUUAGAGGUUUCUAGUGAUGGUGGGUUAAAACGGAAAAGGUAAACGUGACAAUAUCCUAGUUUAUAAGAAAAAGUAUUCUCAAUGUACCUCUAUAAUACUGUACUGUAUGACUAUUGUCAACUAGCACUUUUACAUUUUUUCAUGGUUAUUGUGUUUCAUUCGUAUAUUUAGAUUAUGGCAUCCGUUUUGAAAUCGGUGCAGGAGGACGGGUUGCCUAUUCUUGCACAAUGAAAACUGAUAUACAAAAUGCUAGAUGAUGAUAUAGCUAGGUCAUUUAUAUGAAGCGUAGAAAAAUGUUUCGUUGUGGUCGACUGUCCAUUUAAAGAAUUGCAGUGUGUGUGUGUGUGUGUGUGUGUGUGUGUGUGUGUGUGUGUGUGUGUGCGCGCGCAUGUGCUUGUUUGAGUGAAGAAGAAAAAAAGGUGAGCCCCAUAUACCUCAGGGUGAGACAUGAUAGUGUACAACUUCCGGUAUUCCACCAGCAUUGGCAGUGGGGUGUAUUGUAAGAUUUACUGCUGAAGACUAGACAUGAUAUUGUUGUUAAAACAUCAACAAUCAUUUGCUCUGUGCAGUUAGUAUUUAAUGAUUGAGGAUUUAAUCUUAGUAUAGAAUAAACAAGGAUGAAGGAUUUUGGGUAUUGUUAUCUGUGUGGUUUGGGCACUAACCAAAUAAUAAUAAUAAUAAUAAUAGUACUUGAUAGAAAUGCACACUAGCACUAGCCUGAACUCCAGAGCCUGUUUUGCUAACAUUCCACUCCUUGUACUCCGUGUCAUGCUAAACAUGACAUGACAUAGCAAAGAGUGGAAUGAUUACUCAAACAGACUGGUACCCAUGCUACACUACUAUGAGAAUAUGUAUCUUUAAACAAUGUCUGUCUGCAAAAUAACCAUCUAAUGCCUAUAUGAAAGAUAUGAUUCAUGGGCUUAGAUAUGAUAUACAAAGUGGGAGAUGUCAAUCAAGAAACUGUUGAUCAGCAGUGAUGCUGUAAUUUCUUAGUUAUAACGGUAGUGUCACAUCACCUCAUAUACAUUCACACACAGCUUUGACAGAAAGAUAGGCUAUUAUUCAUGCAAUCUACUUUUUAUCGCACCACCAAGCACAGUAGAGGUUCAUUCCAUGUUUUUGGGAUGCACCCCAAAUGGCACCCUAUUCCCUGUAUAGUGCCCUACUUUUGACCAGGGCCCAUAGGGAUCUGGUCAAAAGUAGUGCACUAUAAAGGGGAAAACGGUGUCAUUUGGAACGGAGUCUUGGUGUAGCCUUAAAACUGCUCAUGUUCCAGAAUUUCAGUAAAGAUUCUGAUGCCUUCACAAAUCUUGCAAUGAUACUUGAAACAUUGAGAUCCAGCCCAUGCAGCUAUCAAUACACCCCAGAUACCCUUACUACUAACAGGUGCAAAUUAGUCUGUGUCCCCCCCAAAAUUAUCAUUAUCACAUUGUGUAUUUUAAAAGUUAUUUAAUGCAUUUGACUGUGUCAUUUAUUAACAUAUUAACAAAUUCAUUUUAAGUGAAAACCAAAUUUCUCACUUGGAUUUUCUGAUGAUCUGCUAUACAAUAUUUUUAGUGUCAAGUCAUGCUGAGAAAAGCUCCUAACACAGGUCAUCUUUAAUGAUAUAGGCUUUGUUGCCUAUGUGUUAAUUAAGCAAUAAGGCACGAGGGGCCAUGGUAUAUUGGCUAUAUACAACAAAACCCAGAGGUGCCUUAUUGCUAUUAUAAACUGGUUACCAACUUAAUUGGAGCAGUAAAAAUAAAUUUUCUGUCAUACCCAUAGUAUACGGUCUGAUAUACCAUGGCUGUCAGCCAAUCAGCAUUCAGGGCUCGAACCACCCAGUUUAUAAAGAGUCUCUACACACGUAGAGGCUGGUUAGGCAGCAGACAGUUUAGCCCUUGUCACAGGUACCUCGGAGAUCUUGAAAUGACAGGUGAUAUAUUGUUGACACAUUUUAGACCUCUGGAGCUUUUACUAUAACAUUUUUUACUAGGUCUGGGAAUUGCCAGGGACCUCACGAUAUUAUCACAAUACUUAGGUGCCGAUACGAUAUGUAUUGCGAUUCUCACGAUUCUAUAUGUAUUGCGAUUUGAUGUUCCAAAUGUAUUGCUCACCAUAUGUCUGCUGCAGAGAGACAAGAGAGUGUCAUGAGUAAACAAGUUUUGAUCAGUCAGGGUAAUAAAAUGGCUGAAAACAGGUUGGCUCAGUAUUUAAGAAGAUGGAGAACAAGCUAUAGGAGGAAAGAUACCAGAGUUUUGGCGCAGAUACAGCCAACUAGCGCUAGCUAAUGCUAUCUACAGUAGCAAGAAAUAUCUAUAAUAUUGUCAAAAAAUAAUAUUGCGAUAUGUAACUGUAUCGAUUUUGUUUUAAAUAUUUUUUUUAAUCCAUUAAUAAUUUUCAUCAUUUAGGGUCUGUGUCCACGAAACCGCUCCAUAGACUUAAUGCCAGAUAUGUUGAUGGGGCUGAUAUGGUCAGUGAUAUGAAAUAUCAUAUGCUGAUGACCUAGCUAAUCCACAUAGGAUACACCUCAUUGGUCUGAACACCUCUUCACAUGCCUGCUAGACAAAUGAUCUUGCAGUACUAGUAAGGGCUUAACAAUUGUUUGUACUAGUUGUAACCAACAUUCUGUGCUGAAACUCCUAUUUUACGUUUCCCUUGCAUCUGGUGAUAAAGGAUGUAUGAAAUAGGCGUUCAUAUUUCUUCAUUGUUUUCCUUUUGGCUGCAACUCCCUAGCAACUAUGCCCCCUUGCACAAAGUCUAUAAAACGGUGGUUCUUCUGCAGAGCUUAAAUGGACAAAUGUCAUUUUCUGUACAUUUUGUCCCGCAUGGAAGAUCCAUUGGAGAGAACAACCUAAUAGAAAAGUCAGAAUGCAUCAUGCUACUGUCACAUAGGUUUCCACAGUCUGUGUUAAGGCAUAUUGUGGUUUCAAAUGAAUGCAGUUGACUGAAUCUUGAAUCUCAAGGAAAGAGGUACUUUGUAUAUUAUGAAAAAAGGAUAGGUCAAUAACAAAAAAAAAGAUGAGGUUAAAAAUCGUUGUCUCUAAAACAAAACUUUAACAUUAUGAUUUUUGAUAUCUCAAAGACCAGUAUUUUAUUUUAAAUUCUUAGUGGUAGCAAUCCGAACCAUAGUGCAUGAAAAGCGCAAGGAUAGUCUGGUUAUUUAUAGUUUUUUGGUUAUCUUAAUGUGUGGUAUGGAAAUUCCACUUGAAUAAUUGCAUUGACCUAUUCCAACAUUAAAAGUUUUACAACUCAUUAUAGAAAAAUAAUUCGAAGCACAACUUUCCUACAACAUUCGUUUCGAUUCUCAUACUUAAUCAAAAUGUGGAAUAUAUUACAUUUGUUCCCAUAUGCUUUAAUUUAUAUCAACGUUUUAGAGUGCAGAUGCCCCGUGAUGUUGUGUUUGAGAUUAUAAGGCUGAUCACAGUAUCUUUGGGGCAAAGUAAGAGAAAAUUUGGCAUAGGCUAUAAACAAUGGCUUUUUUCCUCUCUUGGAGAUGGAGAGAGAAUAUGAGUGGGGAUGCACAGCUUAUAUGCUCUUUAAAACACAAGCCUCCCUAAGAAAGCACUUAAAAAAAAUAAAAAGCAGCACUUCCCUCUGUUUAUUACUGUUUAUUACUUAAUUUACAUGGAGGGACCACAUGAUCCAUGCAUUGGUUUAACUUUGACGUGACAAUCAUGCACUUAAAUUACCACACCAUAAGGCUAAUCUUCUGCUAGAUGUUGAUAUUGCCUAUUUUAAUCUAAAUAAAGCUGCACUUAAAGAUAAACUGACCCAGAUAGUGGCCAUGAAGUUAUUAGCGCGCCCUUCUGCUCCUAGUCUUGUUUUACCUGAACCCACCGUGACCCUUUUUAAAAAAGGUCUUACAGUGUAAAGGCAUUGUUUUGUCUACUUAGAUUGGGUUGUUGUUAAAGUAAGGGCAGCUAGCAAUGGCAAUGUCCAAUGUGGUUGAUAUCUACCUUAAAUUCUCAAAGUUCUGACAAUUUAGUAAAUAUACUUGAGCUUUCGCUGUUUUCUUGUGAAAUUAUACAAAAUGAAAUGUCCAUACCUUUCUGACUGCUGUAGGCGUAUGGUUAAGACAAACGUUCUUUGAGUGUAACUUGUCUUGUUUGAUUGUCAAAUUUAAGGAUUAGAUCCAAGUUGUAGUGGUGUCGUGAUGAUAAGAAAAUUAAAUGAAUUUACAGUUCCUUAUGGUUGCAGCAAAGGUUAUCAUUUCCAAUGCAAAGUACUCAAUUGUUGUACAUUUGGAGCUAAUCACUUAUAGAAAAAAUAUGUUGUUUUGACAUAACUGCAAAUGCUACAGAUCUUGCUGCAAAAAUGUCCCUGAACCAUUUCAUGUGGGUGGAACUAUCAACCCAACAUGAUCAAACAAGCAAGCACUUUAGAUUACGUGCACACAGGUUUCCUCUUCCUUGUUAUUCUACCAAACAAAAAUAUAUGAAAUUAAGUCAAUGAUAAAUUCUAUGGAAUUAAAGAUGAAAGAUAUAUUAUACUGUUUUAUUCCAUUAUAUUUAUCUGGUAUAUUAUGUAAUGCUUUCUGUAGUUCUUAUUAUUAUUAUUUUUGCAAUCUAUUAAGGACGUUGUAUUUCACAAUUGACUCCACAGAAAAUACAGUGACGUACCGGUAUUAUCCAAGAAAGACAUGGUUAGAAUGAAUUGAAUUGACUAUUCCGUAUUUGUAGCUUGCCUGAAAGCCAUACUAGAUCAUGUGUGGGCCUGAUAUCCAACUAGACUUAGGCAGGUGUUUGAAUGGUCAAAAAGUCUUUGUAAGAACAAACAAGGUCAUCAUUGAAGGCUGAGUUAGUCUCUUAGAAAUCACUUGAAUCAAUUACAUUUGGACUGUUAUCAUCCAAACAAAAGGUUUACAACCUUUUAGCCUUAAAACUUCUUUACAAUUUGGUGCUAAUGUUUUGAUUAGGAUUAUAAUUUUACUCGUUUUUAGAACAAAUGGAAAAGAUUACCUGUCAAUCUUGUGAAAGAAAUAAGAAGGAUAUGUUAAUUGCAACAGAUUUCUAUUGCACAAAACACCAAUGAUGUUCAAGCAUGUUUAGGAGAUUAUAAUUUCAAAAGCAUAGGCUACUUAGCACUUGAGCUCCACAAAACACUACUAACCACCUAACUGCAGUAGUGACAAUGAAGAGAAAAAGAGUCCCGGCUUCACUUGGGAAAAGUGAUGGCGUAUUUACAUAUGUUUCUAAUUUUAUUGUUGUGUAGGUAGCGUGCUGUGAAAAAGUCUGGGUAUUGAAGAAGCUUUGUCGAUUUUGUUUCUUUUGGCUUUUGUGUUUAUCAUGGCAUUACUGCAGUGGGAUUUUUCGAACUAUAACUGUCUAUGGUAAUGAUAUAAAAAUGAAAUAGUGAAGCAAAAAUGUUUAGUGUAUCUUUGGAUAAAUGUAAUGUACAACAUUAGCGUGUCCUAUAGAAUAUUAUAUGACUCAAAACAAGAAAGCAAUUGUUUAGUAUUCUAGAACUUUCUUUAACCUGUGUACUGUAAUACUUCAUGUUCUACAUGUAUGAAUAUCCAUUUAUUGCCUUGUAAUGUUUGUAAAAGAUUGCAACGUUUAGAAAAAACCUAUCUGAGAAAAGAAAAGUUUAAAAAAAAAGUUUAUGCAUGCCAACAGUUGGGUCUUAAACUGAAAACAGGGGGGGGGGAAAUUGACUAUAAAAAAUGGUGCUAUAUGAUAAGAUAUAAAGGUGCUCAUAUGAAACCAAACUACAUGCAUGCAAAGAGGACAUUUCAAAAGUAGGAUUUAAAAAACUUGAAGUUGGACAUGUUGUGCACUCACAAGAUGUCUUCCCAGAACACACAUGGUAAAGUGCAACUGUAAAUAGCCUACUGUCAGUGGAAGCCUCGUCAUCAAUUAGGACAUGUACUACCAACCCGUUGCCACCAGAGUGUCAUUUGUACUGGCCCCAGGGAGAGUCCGUCAUUACUACACAAUUUAGCAAAUUGUGUUUGCUAUAAGCAAAAGACAUCCCUACAGCUAGACAGAUGGGAGACAGAGACCUGUAUCUCCUACCGCUUUCAAAGCAGUUAGUACCAAGGUGACAAGAUACUUUAGCCAAAGGAAAUAGUGAUCGGAUCAGUGAUGCCUAUUUACAGUUACCCUGCCUCUGUGAGUAUGCUCCAAAAGAUCUAUAGACAAUCUAAUGAUAUAUAUUUUUUUUUUAUGCUAAUGAUUCAAAUGUUUGUCUUUGAAUAGCUUUUACAUGUAGCAGGGUCCGGAGAGGGUAAAGCUGAAGAGAAUGCAGUCUUCAAAGGGUUAUGAUCAGUGAUUUAUAUAAACACUACAUGACUGAUAGGGGUGUUAUGUUGAAGCCACCGUACCGCCAUCUUGGUACUCCCCCACCAUUGGAAGCUAUUCAUUUAUUAAUGUCUACAUUAGUUUUUGCCACAUUUAUUCUAUUACAGACAACUUAAUGCAUACUUUUAAAUUAUAGAAUGUGAGCUAAACAUAAAGUAAAAAAUAUAUAGUAUUUUCCUUAAAGUAUAGUUUUUUGAGAUUACUGAUGUUACUCUCCCCACUACAACAACAAAAUACUUAAAUACAUGCAAUUUUGUCCUUGAAACAUUGAAAUAUUGUAGAAUUCCAUUCAUUCCUAUGGAGGACAGCGCCUACUGGGGAGUGUCAAUAUGGCCGAUACAUAGCGUCAACAAUCCAGGGUUUAUAUACAUCAUUGGUUAUGAUGCGGUCUUGGAAAAUGAAACAGGUUCUCAUGGCAACAGAUGUAUUGCUUUGAAGGGUAUAGAUGAACAUGUGGAUGUUUUACAGUUGUAUUAACCAUCAUUCCUUUUAUUUUAGUGUUCAAUAAAAUUUUCACCAGAUUAA